AUGGGCAGGGUGGAGGUCUUCCUCCAGGGCCAGUGGGCCACAGUUUGUGAUGAUGACUGGGACCUGCUCGACGCCCAGGUGGUGUGUAGACAGUUGGGCUGCGGGAGGGUGCUGUCUGCACCACAAAGGGCCCAUUUUGGAACUGGCCAAGGGCAGAUAGGGUUGGAUAAUGUCAACUGCAAUGGCCGCGAAUCUGAGCUCACACAGUGUGGCCACAGAGGACUGUGGACCCACAACUGUAUUCACAAGGAGGACGCUGGAGUUGUCUGUGAAGGCAGGGUGGAGAUCCUCCUCUACGGCCAGUGGGCCACAGUUUGUGAUUUUCACUGGGCCCUGGCCGAUGCCCAGGUGGUGUGUAGACAGUUGGGCUGCGGGAGGGUGCUGUCUGCACCACGUGGGGCCACUUUUGGACCUGGACAAGGGCCGAUAGGGUUGGAUGAUGUCAACUGCACUGGCCAUGAAUCUGAUCUCACACAGUGUGGCCACAGAGGACUGUGGACCCACGACUGUGGUCACCAGUGGGACGCUGGUGUUGUCUGUGAAGCUCCAACUCCAGUGAGACUGGUCAACGGUACCUCCAACAACUCCUGUUCAGGCAGGGUGGAGGUCUUCCUCCAGGGCCAGUGGGGCACAGUUUGUCAUCAUGGCUGGGACCUGAAUGAUGCCCAGGUGGUUUGUACACAGCUGGGCUGUGGCAGUGCCAUAUCAGCCACCAACGAGGCAUAUUUUGGACAGGGAACAGGACCCAUCUGGUUGGACGAUGUCAACUGUGGAGGAAAUGAAACGUCAAUAACCGACUGUGAACAUCAAGGGUUUGGUUCUCAGAACUGCAAACACGUUGAAGACGCUGGCAUCAUCUGUGAAGCUGUCUCUCCAGUGAGACUGGUCAACGGUACCUCCCACAACUCCUGUUCAGGCAGGGUGGAGAUCUUCCUCCAGGGCCAUUGGGCCACAGUUUGUGAUGAUGGCUGGGACCUGCUAAGUGCCCAGGUGGUGUGUAGACAAUUGGGCUGCGGGAGGGUGCUGUCUGCACCACAUAAUGCCACUUUUGGACCUGGCCAAGGGCAGAUAGGGUUGGAUGAUGUCAACUGCAAUGGCCAUGAAUCUAAGCUCACGCAGUGUGUUCACGGAGGACUUUGGACCCACAACUGUGGUCACCAUGAGGACGCUGGUGCUGUCUGUGAAGCUCCAACUCCAGUGAGACUGGUCAACGGUACCUCCAACAACUCCUGUUCAGGCAGGGUGGAGGUCUUCCUCCAGGGCCAGUGGGGCACAGUUUGUCAUCAUGGCUGGGACCUGAAUGAUGCCCAGGUGGUUUGUACACAGCUGGGCUGUGGCAGUGCCAUAUCAGCCACCAACAAGGCAUAUUUUGGACAGGGAACAGGACCCAUCUGGUUGGACGAUGUCAACUGUGGAGGAAAUGAAACGUCAAUAACCGACUGUGAACAUCAAGGGUUUGGUUCUCAGAACUGCAAACACGUUGAAGACGCUGGCAUCAUCUGUGAAGCUGUCUCUCCAGUGAGACUGGUCAACGGUACCUCCCACAACUCCUGUUCAGGCAGGGUGGAGAUCUUCCUCCAGGGCCAUUGGGCCACAGUUUGUGAUGAUGGCUGGGACCUGCUAAGUGCCCAGGUGGUGUGUAGACAAUUGGGCUGCGGGAGGGUGCUGUCUGCACCACAUAAUGCCACUUUUGGACCUGGCCAAGGGCAGAUAGGGUUGGAUGAUGUCAACUGCAAUGGCCAUGAAUCUAAGCUCACGCAGUGUGUUCACGGAGGACUUUGGACCCACAACUGUGGUCACCAUGAGGACGCUGGUGCUGUCUGUGAAGCUGGCCCUCCAUUGAGACUGGUCAACGGUCUCUCCAACAACCCCUGUUCAGGCAGGGUGGAGGUCCUCCUCCAGGGCCAGUGGGGCAGAGUUUGUGAUGAUGACUGGGACCUGAAUGAUGCCCAGGUGGUUUGUACACAGCUGGGCUGUGGCAGUGCCAUAUCAGCCACCAACGAGGCAUAUUUUGGACCGGGAACAGGACCCAUCUGGUUGGACGAUGUCAACUGUGGAGGAAAUGAAACGUCAAUAACCGACUGUGAACAUCAAGGGUUUGGUUCUCAGGACUGCAAACACGCUCAAGACGUUGGCAUCAUCUGUGAUGGUAUUCCUGACAACAAAAACAAUGGGAAAUUAAUUAACCUUGGUCGGUCGGCCUUCGUCAUUCCCAUCAUCAUUCUGGUCAUUCUUUAUUGCUGGAGGAAAAAGAAGCAUCAUACAGAAAACCUCGAUUCUGAACAGAGUCCAAACUGUGACCAAGCUGCCGCCAUCUCUUUGAAUGUGAGUCUGUUAGGACCCCCUCCUCUCCCUUUGGAGCCCACUGACAUAGAACUCAACCCCAUAAACACCUGCAGGGUAACAGUAUCUAACAUGUAUUCAUGGUCUAUAUUUCUCUCUGCUCUGUAUCUCAUGGAUUGGUUUGUAGGACUACAAGGUCGAACCAGUGAUCCAACGACCGCUCCUCAAGGACCAGACAACAACCCAGCCACUGAGGGGGAGGUCCGCUUGGUGAAUGGAGGGAAUGGCCCCUGUUCAGGCAGGGUGGAGGUCUUCCUCCAGGGCCAGUGGGCCACAGUUUGUGAUGAUGACUGGGACCUGGCUGAUGCCCAGGUGGUGUGUAGACAGUUGGGCUGUGGGAGGGUGCUGUCUGCACCUGGUGGGGCCACUUUUGGACCUGGCCAAGGGCCUAUAGGGUUGGAUGAUGUCAACUGCAAUGGCCACGAAUCUGCGCUCACACAGUGUGGCCACGGAGGACUGUGGACCCACGACUGUGGUCACCAGGAGGACGUUGGAGUUGUCUGUGAAGGUCGAACCAGUGAUCCAACGACCGCUCCUCAAGGACCAGACAACAACCCAGCCACUGAGGGGGAGGUCCGCUUGGUGAAUGGAGGGAAUGGCCCCUGUUCAGGCAGGGUGGAGGUCUUCCUCCAGGGCCAGUGGGCCACAGUUUGUGAUGAUGACUGGGACCUGGUCGAUGCCCAGGUGGUGUGUAGACAGUUGGGCUGUGGGAGGGUGCUAUCUGCACCACAUGGUGCCAGAUUUGGACGUGGCCAAGGGCCUAUAGGGUUGGAUGAUGUCAACUGCAAUGGCCACGAAUCUGCGCUCACACAGUGUGGCCACGGAGGACUGUGGCCCCACGACUGUGGUCACCAGGAGGACGCUGGAGUUGUCUGUGAAGUGAGACUGGAGGCUGCCCGUCCAGUGAGACUGGAGGCUGCCCGUCCAGUGAGACUGGAGGCUGCCCAUCCAGUGAGACUGGUCAACGGUCUCUCCAACAACCCCUGUUCAGGCAGGGUGGAGGUCUUCCUCCAGGGCCAGUGGGCCACAGUUUGUGAUGAUGACUGGGACCUGGUCGAUGCCCAGGUGGUGUGUAGACAGUUGGGCUGUGGGAGGGUGCUAUCUGCACCACAUGGUGCCAGAUUUGGACGUGGCCAAGGGCCUAUAGGGUUGGAUGAUGUCAACUGCAAUGGCCACGAAUCUGCGCUCACACAGUGUGGCCACGGAGGACUGUGGCCCCACGACUGUGGUCACCAGGAGGACGCUGGAGUUGUCUGUGAAGUGAGACUGGAGGCUGCCCGUCCAGUGAGACUGGAGGCUGCCCGUCCAGUGAGACUGGAGGCUGCCCAUCCAGUGAGACUGGUCAACGGUCUCUCCAACAACCCCUGUUCAGGCAGGGUGGAGGUCUUCCUCCAGGGCCAGUGGGCCACAGUUUGUGAUGAUGACUGGGACCUGGUCGAUGCCCAGGUGGUGUGUAGACAGUUGGGCUGUGGGAGGGUGCUAUCUGCACCACAUGGUGCCAGAUUUGGACGUGGCCAAGGGCCUAUAGGGUUGGAUGAUGUCAACUGCAAUGGCCACGAAUCUGCGCUCACACAGUGUGGCCACGGAGGACUGUGGCCCCACGACUGUGGUCACCAGGAGGACGCUGGAGUUGUCUGUGAAGUGAGACUGGAGGCUGCCCGUCCAGUGAGACUGGAGGCUGCCCGUCCAGUGAGACUGGAGGCUGCCCAUCCAGUGAGACUGGUCAACGGUCUCUCCAACAACCCCUGUUCAGGCAGGGUGGAGGUCUUCCUCCAGGGCCAGUGGGCCACAGUUUGUGAUGAUGACUGGGACCUGGUCGAUGCCCAGGUGGUGUGUAGACAGUUGGGCUGUGGGAGGGUGCUGUCUGCACCACAUGGUGCCAGAUUUGGACGUGGCCAAGGGCCUAUAGGGUUGGAUGAUGUCAACUGCAAUGGCCACGAAUCUGCGCUCACACAGUGUGGCCACGGAGGACUGGGGACCCACGACUGUGGUCACCAGGAGGACGUUGGAGUUGUCUGUUUAGCUGGCCCUCUAGUGAGGCUGGUCCACGGUCUCUCCAACAACCCCUGGCCAGGCAGGGUGGAGAUGUUCCCAUCUGGCAGAGGAUUAUCAUCUCUCGGGAAGCAUGUCCCCGUAAACACACAUGAAAAAGGUAUUCCUGGCAACAUAAAAAAUCAGAAAUUAAUUAACCUCUGCCGUUCGGCCUCAGUCUUUUCCAUCCCAUUCCCAAUCAUCAUUCUGGUCAUUCUUUGUUGCUGGAGGAAAAAGAAGCAUCAUACAGAAAACCUUGAUUCUGAACUGAGUCCAAACUGUGACCAAGCUGCCACCAUCUAUAUGAAUGAGAGUCUGUUAGGACCCCCUCCUCUCCCUUUGGAGCCCACUGACAUAGAACUCAACCCCUUAAGCACCUAGGAGGCUCUAUGGGAGACAUUGACUGUAGGUUUAAAGUAAGUAUCAGCGUUAUCUUGCCUACAUGAAUGCAAUAAGUGUGGAAAAGCAGAGUCAACGAAGGCCUACAUCCCGAGGGUUACCGACAUGUCCCUCAUCCACAGCUUCUGCUGCCCCUGAGAUGAACCCCGGUUACUGGGCUGACUCCAAGUGGACCCCUUAAAGCUGUGAACCCCUCUAUUCCUGGCUCACCUCAUCCUGACAGGAAGAGAGGGGGAGGGCUUUAUGACAGCCACAAUGAACAAAGGAGCCCCCUUCAUUCUUCCUCUCCCUUUACUUAGAAUGACUUGUAUGUUAAUGUUAACUCGUUAAUGUUACAAUCAAAGACCGCCUGCAUUAUGAAUGUAUUCCAAAAUCACAUAUGUUGGUUUUUCAUUUGAAUGCAUGCUUAUUGUCUUGGUAGAAGGGAUUGUCAUUGUUCUCGUGCAUGUCACAUCUUUAUGUUAACCCAUAUAUGUGGUAUAGAGGUUUGAUUCCUGUGAUUAUACUUGGCUACUUUAUGCAUCGGGUGUUGUGAUUGGCCAGUGCAUGUGAGAGGCAUCCAACAUUUUUUGAAAAUAACAUGAAGCCUGAGUCCUUCGCAAACCAACUAAUGUUUUGCGCUUGUGCCUUUAUCUUUCAAACUUCAGCUUACUCAACCAAUAUUAUUUCCGUCUUUUCUGCCAUUCCGUCUUUUCAGGCCUCUUUUUUUUUUUUACUUGUGAAUUGGGAUUCAACUGGCCUAAAAGAUUCCCUUUGGCCAAGUCCGACCUGGGUGAAUCUCACUGUUGGCGACAACCUUAUUGAAAUCAAUCCGACAAGAAGUGAUGGAUCGAAAGAGCGCUUGUUGUAGUCCAUCUUCGGAAAAUUGUAGUUUCACGCUAGCGACGCUAGAGGUCAGCAAUACUCACUGCCGCACAAUUCAUUUUAAACAGGGCUGGCUCUUCCUCUGUUUGAAAGGAAGCAGCUUUUCAUCUCUCCUUCACCCGAUGACUUCCACAAAGGUUAAGGAAAGGUGGCAUAAAGAUUAGGAGAUUUGUCUUUCCGAAUUGGGCCCUGGUAGCAGUACUGUUAUGCACAGGGGCGUAGCACAGGAUCUUAGUGCCCCAUGAAAGGUUAUCUGUAUGGGCCCCUAUGGUACGCAGGCCACAUUUUGUCCACCAUUCAUUCUAAAUCUAAUAAAAUUAUUUCACGUAAUGUAGACAAUAUAUUGGGGACAUAUCUGCCCAAAGCUGGCACUGCUGCUUUAUUUUUUAUUAUUUACUUAUUUUCAAGAACAUUAUCUCUUUUCAUUGUUCAAAUAAUUUCUGAAUUGUUUUAAUUUUAAAAUGUAAUAGCCAAAUGCGAUGCUUCAUGACCUAUUGAUGAAUGAGAUAUCACUCACAUUUCAGAGCCCAUUCAAGAGCCUUCCCUCUCAGGCUUAACUGUCCUCACCUUUAACCCUUUUGCCUCAAUGCUGGUUAUAAAAGUGUAAAAUAACAUCCGUAUUUGUUUCAUGUGUUGUAGAUAUGAAAGAGGAUUUCUGAAUGCGUAAUUACAUUUAGUUUGUGAUGUAGCCUACCACAAUUAUUGAAUGUUUCAUGAAGUUGUAUAGUUCUAGAUACAUAUACGCUUCUGAAUUGUAGUAGCAUAAUGAACAUAGUAGUUGCAGAUCUAUAUAAUCUAUUAUUUCUCUAUAGACAGUAUCAUUGUUUUGAAUAAUGUUUUUUGCACUUUGGUCAUUGGCGGCAUCAAGUGGCUUUAAUUGUGUUAUUUAAGUAUUUUCGGUUCCCUUGCUUUGCCAAUUAGCUCUGUCACCUGUGUCUUAUUGCUCCGGUCACAUGACCAAUCAAGCCAUGUAUUUAAGCCCUGAUUAUGCCUAUGUUUAGUGCUUAGUCUAUGAUGUGCCACGUUCGUACUCUGACCGAAGCUAAAGUCUUGUAUUGGAAAUUAUUAUUGAUCCCCUGUGUUUUGACCGCUUGCCUGCUCUCUGGAUUACCCACUUGGAUUUGCCCCUUUGGUAUGACGUUUUGGACUUUUGUCUUUUGAUGAGGAUCUAUCUACCUGUUUUUGAGUUUUCCUUUUGCCUUCUCUGUUGGACUUUUUGCUCUUUUUGGAUUUUGCCCUCGUUUUGGAAUUUGUGAUCUUCUUUGUUUUUGCCCAAAGACUUUGUUGUAAUAAACAACCUUUCAGUUAAACCCUCUCUGCACUUGAGUCUAUACCCUUCCCUUUUUGUUAACUGGGUUCAGAGUAGAACUGUGGAUUUGCAGAUCCGGGCUCGAUCCCCAAUUCUGCCAGACCGAUCUCGAUCCAUGCAUGACUAUUGCAUUCAUAGUCUAUGUUUUGCUGCAAAGUUUUCACAAUUUCCCCGGUGCC